AUGCCUAGAUUCAGAAACACAAAAUCAAUCGGUCCGGGUAUUAAUACAGUAAUUCAAAUUUAUCAAACAAUAAUUGGAAGUAAUGGAAUAAACUUAGGCAAUCAUGAUAUAAGCAAUGGUAUGAUUUUUAAUUGUGAUAAUCAAAGUGCUAUAAAGCUAAGUUUGAAUGAGCGUUAUCGUGCAAGUCAGAGUGGAUUAAAAUUUGAAUGUGCACUUAAUGCUUAG